UCCUUAUGCUCACGCUAUUGUCUAUGGGUGGCAAGUUUUUGCAUUGAUUAACAAUAUGUACGCAUUGCUCUUCUUAGAUUUGUUGAGUGUACACAUCUUUUUUCCAGCUGGCUGCCAACAUGAAGAUCCUGUGUGUGGAGCUGCGUUGCAUGUCCAAGCUCAAUCGUCACGAUGUGGCACUUUAUCGUUUCGAGCUGCGACGCAUUUGCAUAUUUCACCAGAGGAUCCUUAGCCUUGUGGAGCUCACCAACGAAGUAUUCUAUGGACCCAUGAUCAUGCAGAUGAUCGUGUCCUUUUUCUUGAUCUCCUUGUCCACAUUUAUCUCGCUGGUGGCUCGUCAUGAUCCCUCAGUGGCCGCAAGAUUCAUGCUCUUUAUGGUGCUCAGCUUUUUGCAUCUAUCCUACUGGUGCAUCGCUGGCAACAUGGUCAACGAACACGCUUUCAAUGUGGCAGGAGCUGCAUUUGAUGCCUACGAGUGGUCGCCACCUGUGCCGGAGAUUCAGCGUGAUAUCGGAUUCAUAAUACGACGGGCACAGAAAUCACUCUCAAUGGGUGCAGCUCCUUUUCCGCCCUUAAAUCUCACUAGUUACAUGGCUAUACUUAAGCAAUGCUACAGCAUACUCACAUUGAUGUUGGAGAGCCUGGAUUAAAUACUAUUGAAAACACUUAACAACGUAUUUAAAAUGCACCUGCUUAAUAUUAUUCUUGUUGCACAUAAUACUCAAUAAAAUACACAA